UUUCCAUACCUAUCAAACACUGAAGCCACAUCCUCGUUGGAGUCAAAUCCAUCUCCUGUAAUCAACCCAAACGCCCAAGAUCUAAACCGUUUACCGUCGACCCCGCCGGCAACCACCGGCUUCGCCUUGGGCUUUUAUCUUGAGGCUCAUCUCAUCCUUGUUAAAGUUGCAUCAAGCUCGGCAGUAAGAGCUGCAGGAGGCUUCAUCAACACUCGACUAUCGGAAUCUCUGUAUUCGCGCUUGAUCUUGAUCUGGCUAUCCAAUCGCCCUUACGAGUCGAAACUGUUUCCCAGAGCUGGAUUAUCUCAAGUGUUACCGUUGAACUUCAUAGACUCAAACACGACCGUCUCACUUUGGAACUAUCACAUCGGAAGUAUUACGGCUACCAGUCAUCAUGGACACUCUUCUAACCGCCGAGAUUGCGGCCAAUGCCCCUCGCUACCGCCGCAAGAGCUCAACUUUCAUUGAUGCCAUUCACGAUAUUCCCCAUGGGCAAGAUUUGGCCCCAGCCCAGCUUUACAGUACCAUGUCUGGCCGACUCUUUCACUCUGGGCGUAUCGUCAUCGUCAUGGUUGGCCCGCCUGCGCGUGGUAAAACGCAUAUCUGCGUCUCCAUGGCGCGAUACUUGAGCUGGCUCGGCGUUAAGUCUCGGAUCUUCCAUUUGGGUGACUACCGUCGAGCAACUGUUGGUCCUGACGGGUCUAUUCCUGACGACUAUUUCUUCCCGAAUGCAUCACCAGCCUCCGUUAUUCUGCGCCAGAAGAUCUUGAAGAAGUGCCGCGAGGACAUUUACUCCUGGUUGAACCACGACAACGGGCAAGUGGCCAUCUACGAUGCAGUGAACCCUACUGCAAAUGGAAGACGCUCCCUGGCCAAGGAGUUUGCAAAGCACGAUGUUCAAUCAUUUGUCGACGACGAACGUAUCCUGCGAGAGAAUGCGAGAAACGUUAAGAUCUCGUCCCCAGAUUUCGCUGGAAUGGAACCUGACGAGGCUGCCAAAUUGUACCUCCAAAGGAUUGAGAUGAAGAUCCCUGUUUUUGAGACCAUGAAUGAGAAGGAGCUGAACUACAUCAAAAUGAUCAACGCAGGAACCAAGUUCUUCUACAACAACGUCAGCUUUAACUAUCUCGCUCAUCGGAUUGUCUUCUAUCUCACAAACCUACACAUCAAAUCGCGAAAGACUUUCUUCGCCCGAGCUGGCACAACAGCAGAGGAGGAUUCGUACAAGGCCGAUGCCCCCCUGUCCCUCGAAGGAAGAGACUACGCUCAAAAGAUGUCCGAAGCACUCUUAAAGCAUCGUGAACAAGAACGACUCACGACUAUAGCGGAAGGAGGUACAGAUGCCCCCUUGCCACCACUCACCGUUUGGACAUCGACUCGAAUGCGUACGGUGCAAACCUCUGAUGUACUGAAUGAGAAGGGUUACAAGGUCCGCCAGCGAUCACAGCUCAGCCAAAUCAACCCCGGUGUAUGCGAGAAGAUGUCUGAGCGUAUGAUCCGUCAAAUCUACCCAGAUGAGGUCGAGAAGCACGAACUAGAUCCUUACCACCACCGAUACCCCCGUGCAGAGUCGUAUCACGAUCUUGCCGUUCGCCUGGAGCCUAUCAUCCUUGAGCUGGAACGAGAACAGACCGAUCUUCUCAUCAUUGCUCAUGAGUCUGUGCUUCGCGUGCUCUACGCCUACCUAAUGCACUGCUCUACUACUGACAUUCCAGUAAUCAAUUUCCCGCGUGACGAAAUUAUCGAGAUCGUCCCUGCGGCGUAUCAAAACGAGGCCAAGCGAAUUCACAUACCUGGCCUCAACCCUCAGAUCGUGCCUGGGUCGCCUCAGGAUAUCAAAAUCCCUGUCCCGAGCAGCGGAGUCGUGAGCGCGCAGCUUUCCCCAAUCCCUAGCGGCGUUGGCACUCCAGCAGAGCACGCUGAACGGCCACCCGAGAAGGUCAUCAACACGGCCAAGGAUAUGGUGGCAGACAAGGUCAAUGACGAAGACUAGUUGUAUGAGAGAGAAACUACCUAGGGGGAGGUAUCGUUUUCUUGGGAUUUCAAACUAUGAAUUGCUUAUCUACUGCUGAGUCCGUUAGGAGGGACCAAGAAUAUAACGUAUGGGGAAAUGACAGGCUGAAUGUCAAUAUGAUUCAUGAUAAAUCACAUGAUUUAGCCAGAAGCUCUAUUUGGGCCCUUUAGAACGUGCAUGAUGACUUAUCAAGUCAAGUUAUUGAGUCUGGAUGUCUAAAUAAUGUCAUUGUUUCCCAGUCCUUAUGCCUAUUCGAUCCCUUACUUUGAAAGGAGCCAAGUCAAUUACGUUGCAUUGAUAAACAGCACGGCAGCUCAAGCCAUGGCCACAGUCAUGUGCUAACAGCGCACAUUCUAUAGCCACGGACAUUUCGUAUGAGCCUAUCAUGGGCACCAUAAUGCCGCCCCUACACUCCAGGGUAGUUUUGGUGUAUUGGAAAAGACAUGGCAUUCUCCGG